AGUGAUGAUCAGCAGUUGCUGUGAACUGUUCGACUGAACUGACUGUUUACCCAUUCCCACGCCCAGGAAUUCGCCAUUGAGAUGCUGAAACGCGAUCUGCAGAAGAUCACACUCAAGCUGUCCGAUCUCAAGGACUACGAGAUUGCCCGCCAGAAGAACAAGCUCAAGAAUGCCCCGCAACCGACGCUAUCCCAGGAUGGACUCACCGGUGACGAUGCCUCCACUUCGGGGACAACGGCCAGCUGCAGCUCCAACACGGAAACGGCCACUGAAACUGCUUCGGGCUCCGGAUUGGGAUUAGGGUCUGGAUCGGGCUCUGGCUCCGGCUCUGGCUCCGGAUCCGGAUCGUACAUGACAGGAAUGGGGUAUCGGUCGGAGACACCCUCCUCCGCAUCGUACACCACAUCGACGACCCCGACUCCGGCCACUCAGGAGGAGGUACUGAGGCCCUCGUCCGCCGUCACGGCCACCACCAACACCGGCACCACCAAUUCCGGCUCCACGGAUGAUGUAAGCGUGGCUGCCGUUGUGGAUGACACGGACACCAUUGACGAGAUCAGCGACGACAACUGGGUGGACCUAAAUGCGGACACCAACGACACCGUUGACACCCACCAGGAGGAGCAGGAGCAGCUGCCCGAGGUGGAGGGUGAGGAGGAGGAGGACGGGGCCAGGGGAGGAGCCUAAUCCUGACCACUUAUUUCACAUUCCAUUUAUCAUCACAUUUUGUAUACGCAACCAAGUAUAAUCACCCAUUGCAUGGUCCACUUA